GAUGAUAGAACUGAGCCUCUAGGCCAUUAAAUGCGCGAGUUUAAUAUCCAAUGCAACGGAGGCUGAAUGACUUAAAUGGUGUUUUGCGUGGAAUUGGGGUGGUAUUAAAUGCUACAUUGAAGGAUCAAACUGUCAAAGCCUCGUGGGCAUGGUCAAAAUCUGAUUUUCGCGACGUUCUGGUUAAUGUAUCAAAGUCUCUAUGCAGUAAAAUAAGUGAUCAGAAUUUAUCGCAAACUGCCAGCUAUAUAGCUGGAAGAAUAUGGCUUCUUAAUCAACAGAACUUGAUUAUUGCCAAGUCGCUCAUUUUGCCUAAACUCUCAGAGGGCUUGUGGUUCGUAUCAGGAAGUAGUGUUAGUGAUCAAGGGGACAGCUCUAACUUGGGUACUGACAUCAAAACUGGUAAUGAUGAAGGAACGUCUCAGUUUAAAAGUCAGAAAAAUGCAGCUGAAUCUAAUAUCAGAAAACCACUCCUUCUUCAGAACUACCCGAUCCCUUCUCCGCCAACCCUAGAUCAAAAAGCGUUCUCCAAAGAAAGACGCGUGCCAUCAUCACGUAUAGGACGAGUAGCUGGUUUUGGAAAUUUGGCAUUAAGUCUUAGUGUUGGAGCAGCUUCUGAGUGGGCUAAACAGAAAGUUGGAUAUCCUGUCUCUGGUGCUUCAGCUCCACCUUCAAAUGUGUUUUUAUCCGAGGCUAAUCUUGAAAAGAUCGUAGACACGUUGUGUCGUAUGCGCGGAGCUGCUCUUAAGCUUGGACAAAUGUUAAGUAUCCAAGAUGAGAGUUUUGUUAGUCCCCAGGUCCAAAAAAUAUUUGAACGUGUAAGACAGGCGGCAGAUUUCAUGCCAGCUAAACAAAUGAGAAAAGUCCUAACAGCAGAACUAGGCGAAAAUUGGACUGAACAUAUCAGUGACUUUGAAGAGAAGCCGUUUGCUGCAGCAAGUAUCGGUCAGGUUCACAGAGCGACACUUAAAGAUGGGAGAAUUGUAGCAAUCAAAAUACAAUAUCCAGGUAUAGCUGAUAGCAUCGACGCAGAUAUUAAUAAUUUGACAUCACUUUUAAAUCGUUUUAAUAUCUUCCCACGUGGUUUAUUCGCUGAAAAAGCAAUUGAAGUAGCUAGAAAAGAAUUAAGAGCAGAAUGUGAUUAUCUACUUGAAGCGGCUUACGGUAAACGUUUCACUCAGUUAUUAGAGGAUGAUCCUGUUUUUCAAGUUCCACAAGUAAUUGAUGAACUAACAACUAGUCGUAUAUUAACCACGGAAUAUAUGAAUGGAUUAGUCUUAGAUGACUGUAUUAAUCUUCCACAAAAUGUGAGAAAUUGGAUUGGUGAACAAUUAUUGCGACUGUGUUUGAAAGAGUUAUUUGUAUUUCAUGUUAUGCAAACUGAUCCAAACUGGUCGAAUUUCUUGUACAACCCUCAAACAGGCAAAAUUGUUUUAUUGGAUUUUGGAGCUUCUAGAGAAUACAGCAAAUCCUUUGUCGACACAUAUAUUCGUUUAAUUCAUGCUUCAGCGGAACAUGAUGAAGAAACUAUACUCAAACUAUCGAAAGAUUUAGGCUUUUUGACUGGUUACGAAACAAAAGUUUUACAACAAGCUCAUGUAGAUGCAGUCAGUAUAUUGGGUGAAGCAUUUGCUUCAGAAGAAAAUUUCAAUUUUAGUCAACAAUCAACAACUAAACGUAUCAGUCAUUUAAUUCCUGUUAUGCUUGAGCAUAGAUUAAGUCCACCACCGGAAGAAAGUUAUUCAUUGCAUAGAAAAAUGUCUGGUUGCUUUUUAUUAUGCAGUAAAUUGAAAGCUGUAGUUAAUUGUCGUCCAUUAUUUUAUGAAAUAUGGAAUAAUUACCAGUUCUCUGAUAAUAACCCGUCGGAUUAAAACUUAUAUAUCUCUCUCUAUAUAUAUAACUUCUUGUUAAUUAUCAUUCCGACUUGUUUUUAAUCUUUGAUGAUUAAUUAACAUCGUACUACUGUUACUAUUCUUAUAGUUCUUUUUUAAUGUUAGCAGAUUUUAUGAAAUAGAAGCAUUUUUCAGCAUAAUUCUUGUUCUUGUUAUGUUCAGACGGUUGUGUUCACUCAUUGUUGUCGUUCUGGUGUAUUUGUUUCUGUUUUUUUUUCUAAAAAUGAUAGAAUAAAUGAAAUAUAACUAGAAAUGGAGUCAU